CAGAUCAUGAGCAGCAACUCGUCUCCCAGUGCAGCGGUGCAGCUCUGCUACGAGCACCUGAAUGGAUCCUGUGUGAAAACCCCCUACUCACCCGCAUCCCGCGUGAUUCUGUACAUGGUGUAUGGCUCUGGGGCUGUCCUGGCCGUGUUUGGAAAUCUUCUGGUGAUGACUGCCAUCCUUCAUUUCAAGCAGCUGCACUCACCAACCAAUUUUCUCAUCGCCUCUCUGGCCUGUGCAGACUUUCUGGUGGGAAUGACUGUGAUGCCCUUCAGUAUGGUCAGGUCUGUGGAGAGCUGCUGGUACUUUGGGCGAACUUUCUGCACUUUUCACACAUGCUUUGACGCAGCAUUCUGUUACUCUUCUCUCUUCCACCUGUCCUUCAUCUCCAUCGACAGGUACAUUGCUGUUACUGACCCUCUGGUCUAUCCCACCAAGUUCACGGUGUCUGUGUCAGGGAUAUGCAUCAGCAUCUCCUGGAUCCUGCCCCUUACUUACAGUGGUGCCGUGUUCUACACGGGUGCCAAUGAGAAUGGGCUUGAGGAAUUGUCUAGUGCCCUCAACUGUGUAGGAGGCUGUCAGAUGGUUGUAAAUCAAAACUGGGUAUUGAUAGAUUUUCUGUCCUUCUUUAUACCUACCCUUGUCAUGAUAAUUCUCUACAGUAAUAUUUUCCUUGUGGCCAGACAACAGGCUAAAAAGAUUGAAAAUACUGGCAGCAAAACAGAGUCAUCAUCAGACAGUUACAAAUCCAGAGUAGCCAAGAGAGAGAGGAAAGCAGCUAAAACCCUGGGUAUCACGGUCAUAGCAUUCAUGAUUUCGUGGUUACCAUACAGUAUUGACUCAUUAAUUGAUGCUUUUAUGGGCUUCAUAACCCCGGCCUAUAUUUAUGAGAUUUGCUGUUGGUGUGCUUAUUACAACUCAGCCAUGAACCCCUUGAUCUAUGCUUUAUUUUACCCUUGGUUUAGGAAAGCCAUCAAAGUCAGUUUGAGUGGUCGGGUUUUCAAGGAUAGUUCUGGGAGCAUGAAUUUGUCCUCUGAAAAAAUGUAA